AAUAGUUUAGUGGUGUUUAGUUUAAUAUAUAAUUUGUGUGUUGGUUGCCGACCCCUGUCAUGAGCAUUAACAGAUGCCAUGACGUUCAGUGAACAUCAAGAAUGUUUGAAAAUUUGCCGAAUUAACCUAUAAACUUGCUAAAUAUUAUUGGUUUUAUGGUUUUAUAAGUGUUUAUUUUAUUUGUGAUUUAAUAUACAAUACAAAAUGAGCAGAAGAAAACACGAUGAUGACGAUAUCGGUUACGGGGAUCGUGGGUAUAGAAAACGGCGUAGAGUAUCAGAAAAUCAAGAAAUCGAAGACAGAUUAGAGACUCUUAUUAUAAGAGUCGGUGAAAAGAGCACAGCUUCUUUAGAAUCCAAUCUUGAAGGCUUAGCUAGUGUCCUAGAAGCAGAUUUAGGAACAUUCCGUGCUAAAAUUUUACGCAUAAUCACAGACUGUGCUUUAAAAAUGCCUGAGCGAUGCACUGUGUACACCACACUUGUCGGUUUAUUAAACGCUAAAAACUACAACUUUGGUGGUGAAUUUGUUGAUUACAUGGUUAAAACUUUUAAAGACUCGCUUAAAGCCGGUAAAUGGGACACAGCUAGAUACUCAUUAAGAUUUUUAGCAGACUUAGUUAAUUGUCAUGUGCUGUCAGCACCGUCACUCCUACAAUUGUUUGAUAACAUGGUUGAUGCUGCUAAUGAAGACGGAGUGCCUCAAGUACGUAAAGACUGGUACAUAUUCGCAGUACUAUCAGCUUUACCCUGGGUCGGCAGAGACUUGUAUGAAAAGAAAGAGUCAGCUUUAGAGCAUCUUUUAGUUUGUAUUGAAGUUUUAAAUAAACGUAACAAAAAACAUCAUUCAGCUUUGAGAGUUUGGUCCGUGGACAAUCCACACCCGCAAGAAGAGUAUUUAGAUUGUUUGUGGGCACAGAUUAAGAAGUUACGGCAAGAUAAUUGGCAAGAAAAACAUAUUGAACGUCCGUACAUAAGUUUUGAUUCAAUUUUGUGUGAAGCUUUACAGCACAACUUACCGACGAUAAUGCCUCCACCACAUAACGAAACCUAUGUAUACCCUUUGCCUUGGGUUGUUUUUAGAAUGUUUGAUUACACAGAUUGUCCGGAAGGACCGAUUUUACCUGGUGCACAUGCUAUUGAACGGUUUUUGAUCGAGGAACAUUUACACUCGAUUAUAGAGUUGUAUCAUUUGGAAAGGAAGGACUGUGCGGCGCAUUUAUUGAAUUUCCCGCACAAAGCUAAGAUUCCUUUAGAUUAUUGUAUAGUUGAAGUUAUUUUCGGAGAGUUGUUCAACAUGCCUACGCCUCGGUAUCUGGAAAUCGCUUACGGAUCUAUUUUUAUUGAGUUGUGCAAAUUGCAACCGUCGACAAUGCCUCAAGUUUUAGCUCAGGCUACAGAGAUAUUGUUUAUGAGGAUAGAUUCGAUGAACACUGCAUGCUUUGAUAGGUUUGUCAAUUGGUUUUCGUAUCAUUUGAGCAACUUUCAGUUUCGAUGGUCCUGGGAAGACUGGGACAGUUGUCUGCAAUUGGAUCCUGAACAUCCCAGGCCAAAGUUCAUCAGAGAGACUCUUCAUAAAUGUCUCAGACUGUCGUAUCACCAAAGAGUGCAACAAAUGAUGCCUUCAUCUUAUGCGGCACUGGUUCCUGUACCCCCUACACCGACUUAUAAGUAUUCAUCAGAAGGAGCUGCUUCUCUCCCUGGUACAAAAACCGCCCUCCAGCUGGUCGUCGCCAUUCGCCAAAAGUGCACCCCCGAAGAGGCUCUCAAUGUGCUAAAAGAUUUGCCGAAUCCUCGACAAGAAGGGGGCGAACCCGUCGAGACUCCGGGAGAGUCUCCAUAUAAUCCUCUCAAGAUCGAUGUAUUUGUACAAACUCUGCUGAAUUUGGGGUCGAAGAGUUUUUCGCACAGCUUUGCUGCCAUAUCGAAGUUCCAUUAUGUUUUUAAGAUUUUAGCAGAGUCUGAGGAAGCCCAAAUAUGCAUCCUCCGAAAUGUUUUCGAGCUCUGGCGCAAUCACCAGCAGAUGAUAUGCAUUCUGGUGGACAAAAUGUUGAAGACACAAAUAGUCGAAUGUUCUGCAGUAGCCACCUGGAUAUUCUCCAAAGAGAUGACGAGCGAAUUCACCAAACUCUACCUUUGGGAAAUCCUUCAUUUGACCAUCAAGAAGAUGAAUAAACAUGUCACAAAACUGAAUGCUGAGUUAGUAGAAGCCCGAGAGAAAUUAGCAAGAGCCGAAUCUUCGUCGAGUGAAUCUGAAGAUGAAUCUUCAACAAAUACAACGAAGAAAAAUAAACAGCAAGAUAAUGCAGAUAAACCGACAGAAGAGAUGGUAGAAAGGAUGGAAGAAAAGGUGGAAGCAGCCUACGUUGACCAGAAGCGAUUGUUUUUAAUUAUUUUCCAAAGGUUUAUAAUGAUUCUAUCCGAAUAUCUUGUCAGGUGUGACACCGAUGGAACCGAUUUCAAUACACACUGGUUCCAUUGGACCAUCGGCAGACUACAACAAGUAUUUUUAGCUCAUCAUGAGCAAGUCCAGAUUUACAGUACAACGCUGGAGACUCUGCUCUUCACACAAGACAUCGAUCAUCACAUCCUGGAAGUGUUCCAACAGUUCUUAUCGCUUCGUGCAUAAAUUAUAAAUAAAAUUUAAUUUAUAUAUGACCUGCUAGAUUUAAAUUAAGGAAAUGAAAAUCAUUUAAUAGAUUGAUAUGAGUAGUUUUAAGUUAGGUAAGAAUAUUUAGAUAAAACAACGUUAUUUUUAAAGAAAUAAAAG